UGCCGGCGCCGUCCGGAGCCUUAGAAACCGGCCCCGGAUCGGGAGCCGGGGCCGGGCGGGCGGCUGAGGCCCGAGCGGCAGGAGCGGAGCGCGAAGCCGGGCGCCCGGUCGCGAGAAACCGCUGCUGCUGCCGCCCGCCUGGCCCCGCAGCCCCAGGCGGUCCAUGGGGCGGGCGCGGAAACGUUGCGGGCGCGGGCAGCCCCGGGGGGCGGCUGCUUAGGCACUGCGCUCUUGUCCCCGCAGGUCGCAGCCAGGGCGGCCGGGCGCGCCCUGCCCCGGCCCCUGGAGCGCCCGCCGCGGUCCCCGCCUCCAUGGACGCCUUCAAGGGGGGCAUGAGCCUGGAGCGGCUGCCGGAGGGGCUCCGGCCGCCGCAGCCACCGCCGCACGACAUGGGGCCCGCCUUCCACUUAGCCCGCGCCUCCGACCCCCGCGAGCCGCUCGAGAAUUCCGCCAGCGAGUCGUCCGACACGGAGCUGCCAGAGAAGGAGCGCAGCGGGGAACCCAAGGGGCCUGAGGACAGCGGUGCCGGCGGCGCGGGCUGCGGAGGUGCGGAGGAUCCCACCAAGAAGAAGAAGCAGCGGCGGCAACGCACGCACUUCACAAGCCAGCAGCUACAAGAGCUGGAGGCCACUUUCCAAAGGAACCGCUACCCGGACAUGAGCAUGCGGGAGGAGAUCGCUGUGUGGACCAACCUCACAGAGCCGCGCGUGAGGGUCUGGUUCAAGAACCGGCGAGCCAAGUGGCGGAAGCGCGAGCGUAACCAGCAGCUGGACCUGUGCAAGGGCGGCUACGUGCCGCAGUUCAGCGGCUUGGUGCAGCCCUACGAGGACGUGUACGCCGCCGGCUACUCCUACAACAACUGGGCUGCCAAGAGCCUGGCACCAGCGCCGCUCUCCACCAAGAGUUUCACCUUCUUCAACUCCAUGAGCCCGCUGUCGUCGCAGUCCAUGUUCUCGGCACCAAGCUCCAUCUCCUCCAUGACCAUGCCGUCGAGCAUGGGCCCAGGCGCCGUGCCCGGCAUGCCCAACUCGAGUCUCAACAACAUCAACAACCUCACUGGCUCCUCGCUUAAUUCGGCCAUGUCCCCGGGCGCCUGCCCGUAUGGCACACCCGCCUCGCCCUACAGCGUCUACCGGGACACGUGCAACUCGAGCCUAGCCAGCCUGCGGCUCAAAUCCAAGCAGCACUCUUCGUUCGGCUACGGUGGCCUGCAGGGCCCGGCCUCGGGCCUCAACGCCUGCCAGUACAACAGCUGACCGCCCAGCCGGGCCACGCGGGCCGCACGGCGCGGGGGCGGAGGACGCACUCGGGGCCUCGCUCGCCGCGCCCGGCCUCGCGCCUGCGCAGCCCCCACUUCCCCCACCCCACUCCGGGUUGGUUUUGUUUGCUUUUCCGGACCCCACUCUGCCCUCCAAAA